AGGCUAUUGUUUAGUUUAAGAGGAUGGGUCGAAUCGAGGAAAAAAAAUCGUCAAAUCGAGUUAACUUAAUUAUUCCUAUCAUCUUGAUAUUAAGGCUCGUUCGGUUGCUUAACUUCCAUCAAAUUAUGUAUGCAAUAUGUAAAAGUCGUCGAUUCGGUAUGUUUUUCUUCUUGUUAUUAUAGCAUCAGUAUUUUCUAAGAACAUACAGAAUAUAACUUCAAUAGUUACAGAUUAUUGAAGUUAGUAAGGAGAACAAUAAAUGUAUAUGCUCAUUGAGGGACUUUAUUCAACCAUAAAUCUACAAUUACAUUUAAGAAAAAUGAUCUAGAUCGAUUGGAGCCAAGAAUACAUGCAAAAAAUGCAUUAGUACUCGUAGUAAUUUGAAAUUAGGCUGAAAGAGGAAGGAAACGGUAUUGUACUAAGAAGAAAUAAUUGUUGUUGCUCUCGUUUUCAUCCUCACACUAUUUUAUUUUGGCCUUUUCAGUCCACUCCUUCCCCAUCCCGUCUUUGUGUUGUUCAGUUCUGUGAUCAUUUUGCCUUUCUCUCCUUUGUAGCUGUUGUUUGUUGUAAUUCUCACAGGUCUCUUUCUUCCCCUCCAACACAAGAAAGCCUUCUUCCCCAAAAAUACACGACAAACAAAUCCUCACUGCCCCCAAAACCCUUCCCUCCCAAAUUCCCCUCGGAGCUCCCUCGCUCCACAAUCCCUCCCGCCACUUAUUUACGAUCCUGCCCUAUUUUCUCCCUGCAACUUGCCAAAACUCAUUCCCAUCGCCGAAAUGCCCUCCCGUCGCCGCCCUAUUUACGCCGCCGCGACGGUCUGAUACCAAUUCCCAGCUACUCGGCGAGCAAACGCCGCGGUUCCUCUUUCGCUCCCGAUUCUGUAAGUCGAUACACCUGCUUUAGUUUAAACGGCCUGUCUCUCUCUCCCCGACUGCUAAUCCGUGUAGAGUUUUCUGUUGUUUUCAGUUGCGGGAUGUAUGUGAGCGAUUUCUCUAUGUGUUCCGGAUGGUGAUUUGUAAUUGAAUUCAUUCAGGUUGAAUUUGAUUUGUCCGGAGGGCUUGAAUUCCAACCAUUAUGCUCGUGCCUGUCUUUCGUUGGUUGGUUCGUCUCCUUUGAUUAGGGUUUUACUGAAUUGCUUCGCGAAUGUGGUUUUCCUCCCCUUCACAGGCUUCUGGUCUGGGCGAAUCCUGUGCUGGAAAUGAGUGGUUUACUGGCUGAGUAUCGUUAGGUCACCGUGGGAGUCCUGUCUAGGCGAAAUCAGUUUGUGCAUAGUGAAAUUCAGUUUGCGUUUGUUGCAGAACUAGGUUAGUUCAUUUGGUUUCGGUUGAAGUUAGGGGAGUUGGUGGUGUAGUCUUAUUGAUGUGUGCUGGGCUGUAGAAUCUCAGAUUACCAUUUUAGAGUGCAUUGCAAAUGUGGAGUCUAGUUGGCCUAAGAACUAUCCGUUCCAAAUCAAGAGUACUUUGUUUCUGUGUUUAUUGAAGUGGUGACGUUCGUUACCCUUUUAAUGCACUUUGCUCACCUAGUAUCUGCCCGGGCGUGAUAGGUAUGUGUGUUUGAGAUCAAGCAUCCGCAACGUCUAGUUACAACACGUGGCUUUAAGUGACUGGAAGUUGCCAUGUGUGUUUAGCUUUUUAUUUUAUUUUAUUGUGACGAUAUGUUCAAUUUUGUUUGGUUGCAAUCAUGGACGAUCGAGUUGAUGCUUUUUAUUAAUGUGAAUAGAACUCGUCAGCUUGAAACCAGUUAUGUCGAAACGAUGUCGUCAUUUUUUUUUGGUUGUGUUAUUGUUUACCUGAAAUUGAAAUCCUUUAUGUCUGACAGGAUGCUAACAUGUAGUAGAACAUAUUUUGGUUUUCUUAUUUUUGCUUUGUAUCCAUUUCAGAAACAUAUGCAUGUCCGAUGUAUAUGGAAUUUGUUCACAAACUGAGAUAUAUGAGGAUGCAACGGUGUUUGCAUUCCGAUUUCUGGUACUUUGCUGUGUUUUUUUAAAGUUAUGACGUUGAAUAUGAGCACUAGCUGUUAUGUAUGGCCAUUCCCCAACCCCCACAAGCAGAACUAGUAUUUCAUGCUUUUUGUACAUAUUUCUUCAUGCAAUUAGUAUAUCAUGUCAUUAUUAGUUUUUUCAACCCACUCUUUUGAAAUGGAGUUCAAAUUUAUUUGUUGGUAUCCUGUUUAUUUCGCUGCAUUCGAAGAGGAAUUUAAACUUGUUAUCUGCCUAACUUACCUGCAUAAGCAUCCACAUACUUUUUGAUACAAAAUGUUUGUAAUUCAAUGAUUACUGUUGUUUGUAUCCUCCCUAUUGGGGACCUGUUUAGUGCCUUACACAACAAGUGUAUUCCAUGACAAUCUUUUCUUGAUUCCCCUUCCUCUUCGGCAUCGUGAUUAUCUCAGAUGAAUACGUCGCAGUGUAUGGACAAGCAGAUUAUGGAUUUGACCUCAUCCCCCCAACCCCAAGGCUUAUCAUCAUCCCCCACCCACCACUCCACCGGCGGCGGUAAGGACUUCAUCGAUCUAAUGAAUCAUCAUCCGCGGGACGACGAACACGAUCAACACGCCAAUUACGAUGGGAACGGUACCAGGAAGGAAGACGUCAUGGUUCCUAGCUACGAUUUCCACCCGAUUAGCCCCGUUGCUGGAGGAUUGGGAGGAGGAGGAGGAGGAGAUUCCACUGCUGGUGCUAGGGCUUGGAAUUCAGUCGACGGCAAGUCCAGUUCCGUCAAUUUCGCCGUGGCCGAUUCUCCUGUCCGGGUACUUCAAAUUCAAACCCUCUUCUUUGUGGUUUAGUUCAUUUUUGGUUUAGUUCUAUUGUUUGAUUUGGAAUUUGGGCUCGCGAUGUUGGUUUGACAAUGGAAUAGUGUUGAACACAUUGAUAGGGUUCAUUGUCUAGAUAGGAAGUUCCUUACGAUGAUUUAUUAUUAUGCUUUAGCUGUUGACGAUUUGGCUGUGGAUUAUGUCUCAGAGCAGCAAUUGAAGUGUUUUGUUCUUGUGGAUUUCGUUGAGCUAGAGUAAAGCCUCAAUGUAGAC